CGGGCCUGUAACCUUUCGAGCGGCGGCGGAGGCUCGACUCCCUGGGAGGGCGAGGAGGAGGCGAGGAGGAGGAGGCGGGGCCGAGCCGGCCGCGAGGGCUGGAGGGAGGCGGGGCCGCGCGGUGGCAGCGGUGGCGGCUGCUGCUGCUGCGGCGCCUCGCGCUCUUUCUCCCGCUGGCUGCGCGCGCGUGUGAGGGGAGCCCUGCGAGGCAGCAGCCCAGCCCAGCCGCCUCGGCUUGCUGUCGCCGCCACAGCCGGGCGUGAGGAGGAGGAGGGAGGAGGAGGCGGCGGCGGCGGCUCUCCCACCCCCACCCACCGCGCUGAGGGAGCAUGACUUCUGCAACUUCACCUAUCAUUUUGAAAUGGGACCCCAAAAGCUUGGAAAUAAGGACUCUUACUGUGGAGAGGUUGUUGGAGCCGCUAGUUACACAGGUGACAACCCUUGUAAAUACAAGUAACAAAGGACCAUCUGGUAAGAAGAAAGGUCGAUCCAAGAAGGCCCAUGUGCUGGCUGCUUCAGUUGAACAAGCUACUCAAAACUUCUUGGAAAAAGGAGAGCAGAUUGCAAAGGAAAGCCAGGAUCUCAAAGAUGAACUGGUUGCCGCUGUGGAGGAUGUGCGUAAGCAAGGUGAAACAAUGAGAAUUGCUUCGUCAGAGUUUGCCGAUGAUCCCUGCUCUUCUGUCAAACGAGGUACCAUGGUACGGGCAGCCCGAGCUCUGCUUUCUGCUGUCACCCGCUUGCUCAUCUUGGCUGACAUGGCAGAUGUCAUGAGACUUUUGUCGCACCUAAAAAUUGUAGAAGAAGCACUAGAAGCUGUGAAGAAUGCCACCAAUGAGCAAGACCUUGCAAACCGUUUUAAAGAAUUUGGAAAAGAAAUGGUGAAACUUAACUAUGUAGCUGCUCGAAGGCAACAGGAACUCAAAGACCCCCACUGCAGGGAUGAAAUGGCUGCUGCUCGUGGUGCCUUGAAGAAGAAUGCCACCAUGUUGUAUACGGCUUCCCAAGCUUUUCUCCGCCACCCUGACGUAGCAGCAACCAGAGCCAACAGGGAUUACGUCUUCAAGCAGGUCCAAGAAGCAAUUGCUGGCAUCUCAAACGCUGCUCAGGCCACCUCACCAACCGAUGAAAACAAGGGCCACACUGGCAUCGGGGAACUUGCUGCAGCACUGAAUGAGUUUGAUAACAAAAUCAUUUUAGAUCCCAUGACAUUCAGUGAAGCCCGGUUCCGGCCAUCUCUUGAGGAGAGGUUGGAGAGCAUUAUCAGUGGUGCGGCACUCAUGGCAGACUCUUCCUGCACUCGUGACGACCGGCGGGAAAGGAUCGUGGCCGAGUGCAAUGCUGUGCGACAGGCCCUCCAGGACCUGCUUAGUGAAUACAUGAAUAACACUGGAAGGAAGGAAAAAGGAGACCCGCUGAACAUAGCAAUCGACAAGAUGACCAAGAAAACAAGAGAUCUGCGGAGACAGCUCCGGAAAGCAGUGAUGGAUCAUAUAUCCGAUUCCUUCCUUGAGACCAACGUUCCACUGCUGGUUCUCAUCGAAGCAGCCAAGAGUGGUAAUGAGAAAGAAGUGAAGGAAUACGCUCAAGUGUUCCGCGAACACGCCAACAAGCUAGUGGAGGUUGCCAAUUUGGCCUGCUCAAUAUCCAAUAACGAAGAAGGUGUAAAAUUAGUCCGCAUGGCAGCAACCCAGAUUGAUAGUCUGUGCCCACAGGUAAUAAAUGCGGCGCUUACGUUGGCUGCCAGGCCCCAGAGCAAAGUUGCCCAGGACAACAUGGAUGUCUUCAAAGACCAGUGGGAGAAGCAAGUGCGGGUUCUUACUGAGGCUGUCGAUGACAUCACGUCAGUGGAUGAUUUCCUCUCGGUCUCAGAAAACCAUAUUCUGGAGGAUGUCAACAAAUGUGUGAUUGCACUGCAAGAGGGAGAUGUGGACACGCUGGACAGAACUGCGGGGGCAAUCCGAGGUCGUGCAGCCAGGGUCAUCCAUAUAAUCAAUGCUGAGAUGGAGAACUACGAAGCUGGGGUUUACACAGAGAAGGUGUUGGAAGCAACCAAGCUGCUUUCUGAAACCGUGAUGCCACGUUUUGCUGAACAAGUUGAAGUUGCCAUUGAAGCACUGAGUGCGAACGUCCCACAGCCGUUUGAAGAGAAUGAGUUCAUAGAUGCCUCCCGCUUGGUUUAUGAUGGAGUUCGUGACAUCAGGAAAGCUGUUCUGAUGAUAAGGACUCCUGAAGAACUAGAGGAUGAUUCUGACUUUGAGCAAGAAGAUUAUGAUGUUCGCAGCCGAACGAGUGUUCAGACUGAAGACGAUCAGCUUAUUGCUGGCCAGAGUGCAAGGGCUAUCAUGGCUCAGCUACCCCAGGAGGAGAAGGCAAAAAUCGCAGAGCAAGUGGAGAUCUUCCACCAAGAAAAGAGCAAGCUGGAUGCUGAGGUGGCCAAGUGGGAUGACAGCGGCAAUGAUAUCAUUGUGCUGGCCAAGCAGAUGUGCAUGAUAAUGAUGGAAAUGACAGACUUCACGAGGGGGAAAGGACCAUUAAAGAAUACAUCUGAUGUCAUUAAUGCUGCCAAGAAGAUAGCGGAAGCUGGCUCGAGAAUGGACAAAUUGGCCCGUGCUGUGGCCGAUCAGUGUCCCGAUUCGGCCUGCAAGCAAGAUCUCUUGGCCUACCUUCAACGCAUUGCCCUUUACUGCCACCAGCUUAAUAUCUGCAGCAAAGUGAAGGCAGAAGUCCAGAACUUGGGAGGAGAACUUAUCGUAUCCGGGACUGGAGUUCAGAGCACUUUCACUACCUUUUAUGAGGUAGAGUGUGAUGUCAUAGAUGGGGGCAGGGCUAGUCAACUUUCUACCCACCUACCCACCUGUGCUGAGGGAGCUACGCUUGCAAACGGAGGUGGUGAUUCUUCCAUGCUGGACAGUGCCACGUCGCUUAUCCAAGCGGCUAAAAACCUGAUGAAUGCUGUGGUCCUUACUGUAAAAGCUUCAUAUGUGGCUUCGACCAAAUAUCAGAAGGUCUAUGGCACAGCAGCGGUCAACUCACCCGUCGUGUCUUGGAAGAUGAAGGCACCGGAAAAGAAACCAUUAGUCAAGAGAGAAAAGCCGGAGGAAUAUCAGACGAGAGUCAGAAGAGGUUCUCAGAAGAAACACAUUUCUCCAGUACAGGCUCUAAGUGAAUUCAAAGCAAUGGAUUCCUUCUAAUUCAUUGCCAGGCAUUGUCACGAGGGGUUUUCUAUUUCCUCCCUUGUUUUUGUAUGCAUACCUGCCGACUUGUAUGUGUCUGGCAUGGAGGAACAAAGAUAAUGAAGCAGUGUCAAUUUGCAUGCAACCUGAGACUCUAUUAAAGUCAUUAAGCAAUCUGCAUUUCCCGUUCCCAAAAGACACAUGGUGUUCUAAUGUUAAAUGGGGGUCCACCAUGAUGGCCUCUUUUCCCACAUGAGCAAAAAAAAAAGGCCAAAAAAUGUGUACGAACAGGGGUGGGGGAAAGGGAGAUAGUCAACUCCAGAGUAUGGAAAGUGAACCCUUAAUGCAUGUGAGAACCAUUAGGUUGGCAGGUAUAUUUAUAGGUGGAAAACCUGGAAAUUGCAAUGGUAGACCAUAAAAGCUUGUAUUGCUUUUGUUACAGUGCAAUCAUGUAACUAGCGAAUAUGCUUGAAUGUGUGGCCUGGAUAAUGAGACGAUUUAAUGUUUUAGUCAUCUUCAUUAUGGUAUGUGAAUUUCUAACAAAGGUGAUAAAAAAGGAUAACACUUCUUUUAGCCCACAUUUUCUUCUUUUUCUAGUAGUGUUAUAAUGCUUCUGUUUCAACAAUUCCCAUUUGACAUGAACAAAAUAUCUCUUUCUCUCUCUCUCUCUCUCUCUCUCUCUCUCUCACACACACACACACACACACACACACACACACACUCACUUUCUCUCUCUCAUUUUAAUCAUUUUCUCUUUUUUUGCCAAUUGAAUUCCUUCUGGUGGAGUAUGAAGCACAACAUGGUGGUUGACAUUGCCUUUUGUAUUAUUAUUAUUAUUAUUAUAUUAUUAUUAGAAAUAGAAGAGCUGGUGAUGGAAUGUGUAGCGACAUGGGAACUGAACACGUGUGAGAAUUUAGAGGCAAAUAUGUAGGUGUAGCUUUGGAUUACAAGGUAUCUGAUAUACCAUCGUAACCGCUAACUCUCAAUAAACUUAUUUAACCUUGGAA